ACAAAAAACAUGCUAUCAAGUUAAGCUAAAAUCUUGUCAGACAUGAUACAUUUCCACAUUUCAAUACGUUUCCAUUCUGGGAUUUCUUUUCCUGCCACUCUGCUGGUAUUAACUGCAGUGGCCUUCUUGUAGGUUGGCGAACUGACGGCACUACUAACCUCUGAUUUAGGCUCAAUAAAGAAUAUUGUUAGUGAAAAUGUUUCUCGGGAUCGUGGAUUUAGAGCUUUUUCUGAGAUUAUUGGAACAUUGUGCUUAUUGUUUGCCCUGUCGCCUCAACUGGCUCCAAUUCUUGCUGUAUUGAUGCUUAGCGUGUCGGCUUUAGUUGAAGGGUUAACAACUCAAUGAAAUCCCCCAAGUGGGAUCUGAGGAGGGUGAAGGGUAAAUAGCAACUCAAUGAAAUCUCCCACAAGUGGGAUCAGAGGAGGCCCUAUACAAGAGGUCAACUGUGAAUGUUUUCAAAGCCCAUGGGUUGGUCCAAGCAUCAAUAGCUGAUUGUGUGACAGAGACUUUUUCUGCCAUUCGGACUGUUCGGUCAUUUGGGGGAGAAAUGCAUCAAAUGUCAGUGUUUGCUCGUGAGGUUCUUGGGUAUGAGAAGAGUGGCAUAAAGCUGGGGAUUUUCAAAUCUGUAAAUGAAUCUGUAACUAGGAUAGCAGUUUAUGUCUCCCUGAUGACUCUAUAUUGUCUUGGAGGGAUCAAAGUGAAAUCCGGUGAACUUUCCGUGGGAACUAUGGCUUCUUUUAUUGGAUACACUUUUACCUUAACCUUUGCAGUUCAAGGGUUGGUCAAUACCUUUGGAGAUCUUCGUGUGGCCUUUGCCUCUGUUGAGAGAAUCAACUCUAUUUUAUCUGGGUCUGAAAUCGAUGAAGCACUUGCUUAUGCCUUGGACAAAGACUUGAAACAGAAGAAAGUAUGUGAUCCAAGUUUUGGACUAUUUGUGGCUGAUGGUUCUGAUGGAAGGCAAUCUAGAAGUUUGAGAUACAUGUCAUCCCUAAAAUCAGGUAGUGAUUUGCGAAGCCUUGCACGAUCUGGUGAUAUUUGUCUUGAAGAUGUGCAUUUUUCUUAUCCGGCGAGGCCUGAUGUUGAAAUCCUCAGUGGUCUAAAUUUGACCCUAAAAUGCAGUACAGUUACUGCCCUAGUGGGCCCCAGCGGUGCUGGUAAAAGUACAAUAGUACAGCUACUAGCACGUUUCUAUGAGCCAACAAGGGGUCGAAUUACUGUUGCAGGAGAAGAUUUGAGAACAUUUGAUAAAAGCGAAUGGGCACGUGCUGUAUCUCUGGUGAAUCAAGAACCUGUUCUCUUCUCCGUAUCGGUUGGAGAGAAUAUAGCAUAUGGUCUUCCAGAUGAGGAUGUCUCCAAGGAUGAUGUCAUAAAGGCAGCCAAAGCUGCAAAUGCUCAUGAAUUUAUAGUUUCAUUGCCACAGGGUUAUGAUACAUUGGUUGGUGAGCGUGGAGGAUUAUUAAGUGGCGGACAGCGGCAGAGGAUUGCCAUUGCUAGAGCUCUGCUAAAGAAUGCCCCCAUUCUCAUUCUUGAUGAAGCAACCAGUGCUCUGGACACUGUGAGCGAGCGUCUAGUACAGGAUGCAUUGAACCAUUUGAUGAAGGGAAGGACAACAUUAGUGAUUGCGCACAGGCUGAGCACUGUUCAGAAUGCAGAACGAAUCGCUCUCUGUUCCGAUGGAAAGAUUGCAGAGCUGGGGACACAUUUUGAAUUGCUGGGUAGGAAGGGUCAAUAUGCUUCUCUUGUUGGCUCUCAGAGACUUGCUUUUGAGUGAUUUGCUUAUAUAUAGGAUCAUCCUGAAUGUAACAAAAGAAACCAAUACACUCUUACUAUGUACUCGAUAUGAAACCAAUCAUCCUGAUAUUCCCCAUA